AUGUCCUGUGAUAUUAGAGAAGAAAUAUCUGGAGCCGAAUAUUCGAUGGCUCGAUUGUCUGUGGUGAAUUCAGGUGCAAAUUGUGCUGAUGUUGAUACUGACGCAGAAACUCAGAUUGCGAAGAAACCUUACGUAAGAAGUAAAGGUGAGACUCGUGGACAAAAAUUGUCAGGGUUGACACACGAGUGUGGAGUAUUUGGUUGUAUUGCUGCAGGUGACUGGCCCUCUCCGAUUGAUGUUGGUCAAGUUAUUUGUCUAGGAUUAGUAGCAUUACAACACAGAGGGCAAGAAAGUGCUGGGAUAGUAACUAGUGAAGGAAUCUGCGCCAAGUCAUUCCGCGUUCACAAGGGUAUGGGAAUGAUCAAUAACAUCUUCAACGAUGACAGCAUGAAGAAACUCGUUGGUAAUCUUGGCAUAGGUCAUACGCGGUACAGUACCAGCGCAGCUAGUGAGGAAGUAAACUGUCAACCUUUUGUUGUCCAUACUGCUCAUGGAGCUCUGGCUGUUGCUCACAACGGAGAGCUCGUCAACACAGAAUCGCUUAGGAAAAUGGUACUUGGUAGAGGUGUUGGAUUAUCCACGCAUUCAGACUCCGAAUUAAUAACACAAGCGUUGUGUCUAAAUCCUCCAGAAGGUGAAGUAAAUGGUCCCGACUGGCCAGCUCGUAUAAAACACCUGAUGCAAUUAGCUCCGUUGUCUUAUUCUUUGGUAAUUAUGCAGAGAGAUAAAAUUUACGGUGUAAGAGAUCCGUAUGGCAAUCGUCCACUUUGCAUUGGGAAAAUUGUUCCUGUAGGUAAACUAGCGGGAAAUGAUUCUGAUGACGACGAAGACGCUGAUGGCUGGGUAAUUUCAUCAGAAUCAUGCGGUUUUUUAAGUAUCGGAGCGCGGUUGGUUCGUGAAGUAUUUCCUGGUGAAAUUGUUGAAUUAACUAGAGAAGGAAUAAAGACUAUUGACAUUGUCGAGAGGCCUGAUAAGAAAGCUCAGGCGUUUUGUAUAUUCGAGUAUGUUUACUUUGCACGAAGUGACAGUAUUUUUGAAGGUCAAAUGGUGUAUUCAGUAAGAAUGCAAUGUGGUAGAGUCCUAGCAAUUGAAUCUCCAAUAGAAGCAGACAUUGUAAGCUCAGUACCUGAAUCAGGAACAGCUGCAGCGCAUGGAUAUGCUCUCCAGUCCAAAAUUCCCUUCGCUGAAGUGCUUUGCAAAAAUAGAUACGUCGGGAGAACGUUUAUUCAACCUAGCACGCGGUUAAGGCAGCUUGGAGUUGCCAAAAAAUUCGGAGCACUCUCAGAGAAUUUCAAAGGAAAAAAACUCAUUCUUAUUGAUGAUUCAAUAGUAAGAGGAAAUACUAUUGGUCCUAUUAUAAAACUUCUGCGAGAUGCUGGCGCUAAAGAAGUACACAUACGAAUCGCAUCUCCACCAUUGAAAUACCCAUGCUACAUGGGAAUAAAUAUUCCAACUCGUGAAGAGUUGAUAGCAAAUAGACUAGACAGCAUAAAACUUGCGAAGCAUGUUGGAGCUGACUCACUGGCGUAUUUAUCCGUCGACGGACUCGUAGCUGCGGUCAGGAAUGGGAUGGAUAAUCGCCACAGCAGUUACGUUGGUCACUGCACUGCUUGUUUGACUGGCGAAUAUCCAGAUGAACUGCCCAGUGACCUUGUCUGGUGA